UGUUUUAUCAUCACAAUAGCUUCUCUUUCACUAUAAGAGAAAGACCAAAAAAAUAAAAAUCUCUAUACCAAAAGCUUCACAAGUUUUUCUCAAAGGAAAUAAUGGCUAGUUCUAACAAGAAACUUGAAGUGAGUUUUGAUGAUCAAAUUCCAAAUAAAUGGUGUGUUUCAUUAGGAGAAGAAACUUUCAAAAGAUUCUUUAGUAGCUUGAGUAGUAAUCAAAUAGUUUACAAGGUUUUUGGUGAUGGAUCAGUUUUUAGUCCAAUGUUGUUUGGAAAAUUCUUUGAUCCUUGUGAUGCAUUUCCUCUAUGGGAGUUUGAAUCAGAUGUUUUGUUGUCUCAUCUGAGAAGCUUCAAUCAAACCACUAUUGAUUGGCAUCAUACAGAGGAAGGUUAUAUGUUAAAAGCUGAAAUACCAGGAACUGGAAAAAACAACAUUCAAGUCCAUGUUGAUAAAGGGAAGGUGUUAGAAAUUAGUGGACAAUGGAAGCAGCAAAGAGAGUCAAAGACAAACGAUUGGAAGUGUGGCCAUUGGUGGGAAAAUGGAUAUGUAAGAAGGCUUGAGAUCCCAGAGGAUGCAGAUUGGAAGAACUUAGCAGCAUUCAUAUACAAUGACAUAUUUUUAGAAAUUCAAAUACCAAAAAUCCAAAAGGGCUAUGAUGCUCAUGGAAAGGAUUUGGCUUGAGAUUCAAUCAUGCAAAAGAAACAACAGUGUAAAUUUGAAGGGAAUUGAAUAUCAACUAAAGUGAGUUUGUAACCAUAACUUGUUAUCAUACAUUUAACAAAAUGAAAUGUAAGCAAAUUCUAUA